AAAAGCGUUUCUUUAAUAACGAAAAACAUUUUUAACCGAAUGCACGAUAAUUGAUAAUUGCUUGAGAAACAAUUUUAAUUAAAAUUCGUAAGGAAAGUACACAAAAUAUCCGAAUAUGGGCGAUUAAAGUUUUUGAUUAUGAAUGAAAUAAAAUGAAAAUUUUUUAAUUUGAAAAAAAGAAAAAACAAAAACAUCUACAAUAAGUUGUGAUAAUGAAUAAAAUAUGAAACAUCUAUUGAAAGGUUUCUAUUACUGCUUUGCUUAACAAGAAAAAAAAGGAGAAGAAUAUUGCUCCGGAUUUUUUGGACGUUUGCGUUGCGUAAAGUGAUUUGAAAAAAAAAAAAAAAAAAAAGCAGAAGAACGGGUGAAAGUGAAAAUUUUUGAAUAUUGAGAAUUCGAAGAAAAAAAAGUUAUUGAAAACAAGCAUAGACGCGAUGACUUCGGAGACAACUUCAUGUUCCGGAUUCUUUCAGGAACACGCGAAUACCGUUGCUUUGAAUCAGUAUUUUCAGCAAUUGAAUUCGCAAGCAGCGGCGGCAGCUGCUGCGGCGAAUGUAGGCAACAUAAGCGUAAACAACGAUAGCGGCAGUGAGAGCAGCAUUAUGUCGCGCAAUACCAAUGCAAGCAUCGAAAAUGGAUGCAAUAGUGGCAACAAUAGUGAAGCGAAUAAAUCUUUAGCAGGCGGUACAAUAACGGCAACGGGUGGAUCUUCGAACAAUCAACAAUGGAAUAAUAUGCAACAACAACAACAUCAACAGCAACAAACUCAAUUACAGCAUCAUUUACAUCAACAGCAGCAUCAGCAACAA